AUGAAGCUGCCGUCGAGUUCGGGAGAUCAAGCUGGAGUUGCUGGACCCUCAAAGGGAGGGGAAGCCGGAGCUGCUAGAGUGCCCGAGAUGACUGCUGGAGUCGCCGAGAUGGCUGCUGGAGUAAACGACGCCGCUGCUGGAGUCGACGAUGCCAAAGGUUUGGGGAGGAAAGAUUUUAGGGCAAAGCACAGUAAUCUUAUGGGGUGUCGCGGGUUUUGGGAGAGCAAAGCACGGAGAAGGUGUCGACGGCGCCGGCGGCAAAGCUUUGGAGUUGCGUUCGUUUCUGAGAGCUUCGGCGAGUGUUUACACGGGACAGAGAGAGAAGGAGCAACGACUUUCAAAGGAAUAAUCGAGAAGGCCGCGGAGAAAGAACAUUGCCUGGAUCUCAUUCUCCGACUCGAUAACACGCCCAUCUUUGUGAGCCCUAGCUGUAGUUUCUCCUGGCGCUCAGCUCAGCCAACGCCGGUGGUCGCUGGCCGAGGCUAUUCUGCACUUAGUUCCUACGAGACUGGGCGAGCGAUGUUGAGGCACGUGGUGCGACAAAUGGUGCCGUUGUUUCGCAGCCGGCUGCAAAUUCGACGCUCUCAAUUUCGGCCGCUGAGUUCUGCCGGAGAUGUGCCUUCUCCUGAUGCCAUCCACAUGACGGAGAAUUGUGUGCGGAGAUUGAAGGAGUUGCAAACUACAGAGUCGUCCAAUGAGGGCAAGAUGCUGCGGUUAGCAGUGGAAACUGGUGGAUGCUCUGGCUUCCAAUAUGUGUUUUGUCUAGAUGAUAAGAAAGAUUCAGAUGACAGGGUAUUUGAGAAGGAUGGUGUUAAAUUGGUGGUGGACAAUGUCUCUUAUGACUUUGUCAAAGGAGCAAGUGUUGAUUAUGCUGAGGAAUUGAUCCGCUCGGCAUUUCAGGUGGUAACAAAUCCAAGUGCAGUUGGUGGCUGCAGCUGUAAAAGCUCCUUUAUGGUCAAAUAGCUGGAAGUUUUCUCACAGUUCAACUGUAGUGAGCAUACCGACCAUAUUCUUGUUUAUGCACAUUUUUAUCUUUGCCUCUUCCAAUUUUUGUAUCUGAGCAGCCAACAAAAACGUUAGUUUAAUUUUGUCAAUAUUAAAUUUGCUGACAACAGACAUCUGUUGUGGUCACAAUAGUUGUUGAUUUGCUCCCUAUGUAUAUCGAAAAAAAUUUACAAUAUGGUCUUUUCCAACACAACGAACAUGUGCAAAACAACACUAAAUAAACCGUGCAUAGAUUGUUUCUUUAUCUAAUCUUGUGCAGAUAAUGAUACAAUGCUUUCAAAUUUUGGUUCUUAGUUUGAGUCUUGGUGGUUGAUGGAAGCAUGCAAUUGAUGAUAUUUGAUGCUCAAGUAUUCCAGGUCCUAUUUUUUAUUCAUAUAUAAAUUUGAUCAGCAGUUUACAUUUUCACCCUUUAAUUGGAGAAUCACAUUACGUGACUAGGCGGUUGGGUAAGCACAAUAGACACAGGCCAUGUGGAUCAGUUAGGUCAAACUAGCCAGAUGAGUUGGGCGAACCUGGUCGACCACACAAAUUGGAUCAAGGUUAAUUAGGAUUUAGGUUUUAGGUUAUUUCUUAACCUUCAGACCCAAUCCCCUCUGCUUGCAUAUUAAUUGCAUAGUGAAGGACUAUAGUCAAAGUGAUGUUUCCUCCUUUAUAUUAAAUCGAAU